AUGAGAGAAGAGUUUGUGCGUGAUAUCUUGACAGUGGUGGCAGUAUUCACAUUGUCGUUCUCACAUGGUGAACAUUCUUUAAAUACAAGAGAACAGAGAGCACUGGAUGUAGCACAAGCAUUUGACACAGGCCUUAGGACAUGGACGUUGCUAGUGGCUCAAAUCCACGGCAUCCUUGAUUUGUAUAGGGAACUCCUGCACCUCCGGUAUUUGACACAAUUUCAAGUUCAAUACCUCAACGUUCUUGUUAUUUGCAGUGGGGAAAACCUACGCUACGCUAUUGAACAGGUAGAUUGCUGUAGCCCGAUACCUGUACGGACGCUGAUGUAUGGUGCAGAGCGGUCACGAUAUUGGGACGUCGUCGGGAACGUCAUGACGUCUGGGGAGGUGGAACUGUCUGCCGCAGCAUUCCCUAACACACAACAUGGUCUGAACAUGCGACAACUUGUCAUAGGCACGAAUGAGGAAGUUGACCUUGCGAUGGCACCCUUAACCACGUCGGUUGAUCGAGGCAGGGUUGUUGACUUUGCCUACCCCUUUUAUUAUGGUUACGCUGGCGGUGUCUUCAAGUCACCUGCCCUCAAACAUAAGGCCAUGAAGACCUUGCUGGAACCCUUUCAAUACCCCGUCUUCCUCUGUCUCGCCAUUGUCUUCGUCGUCCUCAGCAUACAGUUGUACCUCGGAGAGAAGUACGGAGGCAGUACUUCACAGAAUUAUAGUAGUUCUCCGCUGUGGGCAGAUACAAUCAUGUUUGUGUUUGGAACCUUCGUUAGAUGUGUUACCGAGUGUACAGUGGUCUCCAGAUCUGGCCGAGUGUUAGUCAUUUCACUCUGGAUUUUCACCAUCAUCAUCGCGGCAGCGUAUAGCGGCAACCUCAUGGCCAUCCUUACUCUAGCCAGGGACAACGCACCUUUCAACACGAUUGAUGAUGUAACCAAACAGACGGAAUAUACAUGGGGAGUGUCGGGAGGUACAAUCUGGUACUCUAAGUUUGAGACAGAACCGGACUUCAAAAACGUAUGGGAGGGUAUAAAAGAGUUCAACCGUACUGACCCAAGGGUGACCUCCUUUGACCAAACUGCUCAUUGUGAUAAGGUGAAUGAAGGAUCGUAUGUGUACUUCACGGAACUUCAUAUGGCGUCUGUGUGUGCUGGAAACUCAUGCGGUAUCCAGGCUAUAACAGAGACGUUCUACCGCAUCUCCUAUGCCUGUGCCUUUCCAAAAGUGUAUGUGACCAAGAAUAUAUUUGACCUGUAUAUAAUGGACUCUAGUAUUGCUGACCAGCCAGUGACCAGUGCUAUAGUGCGGAAUUUGGCCGUGCAAUACGACAGGUUAUAUUUCAGAUACAACAUUAGGGAACCAACAGACGGCGAAUGGGGUCGGGUCCUUAAUGGCAACUGGACCGGCAUGAUUCAAAUGCUGAUGAGGAAUGAAAUAGACAUUGCAAUGGCCCCUCUCAAUCCAACAAGUGAGCGUCAAGCAGUGGUUGACUUCAGCUACCCCAUGAGCACUGACGUCAUCACAGUCCUUCUCACAAAGAAUGAUUCUCAGAGUGAAAAAUGGAGGACUUAUCUGCAGCCAUUCAGCCAACCCGUAUACGGCUUCAUAGGCCUGAGCUUUGUCCUUGCUACCAUCAUGCUGACUGUGCUAGAGAGAUGUAGUCCACGUACCCUGGGACCUCGCCGGGUGUCCAGCAAAUCACUAUGGGACAUGUCGUGGCACAUGCUAGGUUCCCUGUUCGCUCAAGGUGGUGUUGACCCUCCGCGUUCCCGCCCUGGCAACGUGAUGAUGUCGUUCUGGUGGCUGUUCAGCUUCAUCAUGGCAACUGUCUACAGUGGCAACCUCAUAGCGUUUCUAACCAUCAACGUAGAACAUCCGCUAUCCGACGGACUCGAGGACAUAGUCAAUCGGGGCGACUACACAUAUGGUUAUGUUGGAGGCUCUUCGUAUGAUACUUUCUUUGAGGUGAAGGCCGGAUCAUAUGCAUUUAUUGGUCCUCGGCUCCUUUUCGGCCUGUGGAUGGUUGAUAACUGCGACCUGACCGUCAUGAAGGAGACACUUGUUCCAUCAUACACAAGCUUCGCUCUGCCAAAACAUUCAGAACUAACAAAAAUAUUCUCGGAUCAGGUGCUGUCUUUCUAUGAAACUGGUCUGAUGGACCUGUGGAGAAAGAAGUGGUGGCCAUCACGAUCCAAGUGUGUCUUGAAGCAGCGCAAGGGUCAGCCGAUACGCCUCGUGGAUAAGAUUCACUUCCUCGAAGAUGUUAGGGUGAGUCUUCUGGGCGCUCUUGUUCAGGUGAUGAUGCCAUCCUUCAAGGUUGUUGUUGCUUGUUGA